CAGUGUCCUCUGUGUCCUCACAUCAUGCUGUCCUCAUCUCCUGAGAGGGCUGGGUUUUCUACUUAUGAUCAGCAGAGACCUGUUGGUGGUCUGAGACCUCCCAGAGCCUGAACUGCAGAGAAGCUGGUUUGAAACCUGUUACGAAGGCACCAGAAUUGACCUAGAGAUCCUGUGCCAAUCUGCAGCAUGAGAAAGGUUUGCACUCAAAUGACAGAGAGUGGACUUGUGAUGCUCACUGCCUGCUGGACAGGCAACCAGGCCUCAUGGAGUAAUUGGAGCAGUCCAACAGCCCUCAUUAGAGGCUCUGAGGGUUGGGAAUAGGCUGCAGUGUUUUGAUCUGGGUGGAGGACAAGGUAUAUUGGCGUCACCCUUUGUGUGGUGUCAGCAGAACAGGGAUCUAGAGCUUGAUUCAAGCUUUGCAUUGCCCAAAUCCAGAGUACAUCUUUUAAGAUAAAUAAAUUGGACCAGACUUCUUAAAUAGUUGCAGCUUUUAGUAAAUACCCUUUGGGUUCUCUCAGUGCCUCCUGUGAGCAGACCCUUGAUUUUAGGAAACAGUUUUAAAGUCAAAUGUACCUUCAUCCCCUUUAUGUUGCAGGUGAUUGAACCUCAUAAUUCAGUGAGCUGAAGUGAUCUCAAGAAAGGAAUGUUUUAGGACACAGCUGAGUUGUUGAGGGAGAGCUGCACUUUGAUCCUAAGAGCUUUGCAAGGCUGAAUUUUAAAGAUUGCAGAAGAUGAUGGCUGCUUGCAUCCUGGUGCCAAGGCACCGACAGCAGUGGAUGUCACUGGAAUAGUUGUCUUACUAAGAGAAGAUUGGCCCUGCCAGCCUGGGAUUGCUGCUGCUCCCCAGGUCAGUGAGAUGGGAAGGUUGCAGGAGUAUGGGAGGUCUCCAGAUUCACUGAGACUUGGUGUCCAAUUUCCAAAAACUGCCAGCGGUACUGCUCUGAGCUCUGCAGGUCCUGGGACCUGGGAACUUGGCCUUAGAGUUUAAAAGCUUUAGGGUGCCUGUACCAUGAGCUCGCCUUUCCACUCACCUUCCCCAUCCCUCUCUCCCUGUGCAGUCUGACAGCCUGUGUGUUUAUACCACAGGAGUGUGAAGCCAGUAGUUGACACAAUCCUCUUCUUGGAGAGGAUUAUUGUUGGGUAUGUCCUGAAGCAGAAGUUUGAGAAUAAUAUCCUGGGGAAAUAAUGGAUAGAUCAAACUCUGAGUCCUGCUGACUUCAGACUUGGCCCUGGGGGAGGUCUGAGGUUCACCUUGGCUGGGGGAUGCCCCAGCCAGUUUGGUCAGUGUUGCACAGAGCUGCUGGCCCAGCCCCAUCCUGGCUCUGUGCUGCCCUGUGCCAACAGGUAACCCCACCAGGUAACCAACCUGUGCCUCCUUACCUUUGUAGGCUGUUUUGCUUCCUGGCCUUGCCAUCUCCUGGCAGGUACAUUGCUGACAAAGUGGUGGGGGACAGGUCUCAGCCUGCCUUACUGACAGGGUUACAUAAUGGAUUCCAGGACUAAACCCAUUCCACAAAACAUCAGGAUUAAAUAUCAAAAUCCUUGACGUUGCCUGUGUGUUUAAAAGUGCUGAGGAAAAGGGCUUUAUCAAGAGGGUGGAUCAGCUGAAGCUGGAAAUUGUCCCUUGGGCUCCUGGUGCUUCCCAGGGAGCAUCUGUGCUCCCCUGCCCUUGGCUAUGCUUCCAUGAGGCACUUUCAGCCCUAUUGCUAGACCAGAAAACUGGGGAUGGAAAGGGAGCCCAGUGAACUGGGAGAGCAAGGGAGAGAAGAGGAGCAGAUACUGGAGAAGAUUUUUUUGCAGGUCGCUCAUGGAAGCAGUUCUCCAGUGAGGGCAGUGGAUAGGGAGAGUAUCCUUAGACCACAGGUUUAUCCCUGUGCUUGCUGCAGCACUUAGCUCAGCCAGGCCAGGGGCCAGACAAUCCCCUCCCUCUCAUCCCUCAGAGGCCAUUUGUGAGCCUGUAAUGUGCUGACCAUCAUAAAGGAGAGGUCCCACAAUGAGGGAAGAUUUCUAUCAUUACCUGUAGCCACUAAGGGGAGGAUCUUGUGCUUGUCAGUACUGGAAUCUCUCACUCUUCUGCCUCAUGAGCUGUUGAUAGCAGCACCUGAGGAGGUCAGUAAUGCUCCAGGAAGUGAGUGAUACAUCCUGGCCUUUGAUUUAGCCUGCUCAAAUAGGCCUAGUUCUUAAAUUUAAUGGGCUUUAGCAAAAAAUUUACUGUGUUAAUUUAAAAUACUAAUACAAUGAAUUAUUUAUUAUGGCAAGUAAUUCCACAGAAGGGUACAGAAUGAGAAAAAAUUUUCCAAAAUAUCCUAGUAAGGUACUACAUGAUCUACUCAUAUGAUUCCACAAAAGCUUUCAUGGCUAAACCUCAGGCUUUGUCCCAGCCAAAAGCAAACAUCUUUCACAUGGUUUCAGCAGAACAGGGUGUUACUCUUUCAGUGAUGGUCUGGAAGGAAGGUUAGGAAGCAAGUUGUAUUCACUGCUUGUUGCUUUUUUCUUCUCUCUCAAAGUCUCAUAGUUUAAAAAGCAGAAAGGAAGCUGUAAGCUAUCUGUAGCCUGCAAAGUGCAGCUGGCAGUGAGGCAUAAUCCCCCUGCACUUACCUGUGCUUCACAGGCUCACAACAAUUGUUGAAAGAGACUUUAUUUAAAGGAAAAUAAGUAGCAAACUAAGUAAAUGUACAGGAGGGAGUAAUUUAACCAACCCAUUGGAUGAAAGUCAGGGUAGGGCAAGAGGAGUCAUGGGAAUGUUGAAAUCUGUCAGAAAUGUGAUGACUUAACGAGCAGUAACUACUCUGUGUACCAUCACUGGGCCCCUCCUACACUCACUUAGGAGUAUUUCUACAUUUCUCAUGCAACCUGCCUCUGUGACAAAUCUGCACACACACUGCACCCAAUUAGUGUCAAGCAUAAGAGCUGUUCUGCCUGUGUCUCACCUCUCUAAACCCCUCCUGGAAGCAAUUUUCCCAGCAUACAAAGAAUAAAUCACCUUUCUAAAUCUCUCAGAGGAUGGUUCCCAAAUAAGGGCCAAGUAAACACAUAUAUUACAUGAUAAAGCAUUCUAAUGCAUUAGAUAAUCUUCCCAGCAGUAGAUGCAGGGUAUUAGCUGCUUUAAGUGUUCAAUGGUACAGAUGCUUAAAAAUGUCGUAGGAGGUGAGACAAGGCACUUGAAUAGGCAUCUGUAGAAAAGCAGUGGAAUAUAUUGCUUAAAGAAACACAAACCCCAAUCUUUUGCCCCUCUAAAAAAAACCAGAAAACCACAGCAAACAGCUGAACAAACUGGAAAAGAAAAAGAAAUGCACACCUACUAUAGGAAGUAGAACUUAAUUUACCUGUGUCUCAGUCUCUCCAGAAGCAGCAGGAGAUGAAGAAGUGAGGAGAGCAGAGGGAGAGAGUACAAUCCUUCCUGGGGUACCUGCUGCACCAGGGUCAAACCAUUAGCUGAAUUUGACAAAUGACUUGCAUGACCACACCUUGUGUAAUCAAUAGCCACUGUGCUAUUGGACUGUCCCAAGGCAUCUGCUUUGACAGUGGCUGUCAAUCUUCAGGUGAGUAAACAUCUGCCAUCUUCAACUGUGGUGCACUGCAGGAAUCUCCCCUCCUGUCCUACUCUGGUUUCCCUGUGGAGGAGGCUGGCUGGCUCACAAAGCAGUAGCUGCCCUGAGCAGCAAGUAGCCCUGGGGUGGCUCCAGAUAACUUGUGCUGAAGAGAUGGGUGUCAGAGGUGGUGAGAAGGGCUGGAGGGGAGCCCCAAUGGCCUUACAGCAGGCAUAGGAUGAGCAGAGCCAGAGGCUUUGUGUUGUCAGCACCGUCUGUGGCUGUUGGGGACAAGUGGGGUGGAGGGCAUAUUUCCCUUCACUGUCACUGGCUCAGCUGCACAGACAUUCCACCUGUGCCUCCCUGGGAUGCCCUGAGCAUCGUGCCUGGGUUUCCAACCCUCAUCAUGGUGACCCUGCUUAGCUUUAGCAGAACCCAGGACCUCUCCCCAUAGAGUGGUUUCUGUAUCCCCUGAUGGGCACGGAGGCCAGACAAGCGGGCCUGGGUCUCCAGCCCGAGUAGGGGCUGUGCUGGAGCAGCCAGGGGCAGGAGUGAGGGGUCCUGCCUGCUCAGGGCUACUGAGGGUCCUUAGUGCCUGGGGCAGGCUGGGAGCUGCACAGCUCCUCUCUCCAUCAGGCAGGAUUGGUCCUUGCUCACCUUCCCCAGAGCUCAGGGACAGGGAUCACACAGCUGGAGGGUGAGCUCUGCAGCCAGAGGAGCCGGAGCUCGCCCCAUGAGUCAGGGCAGGCCACGUGAGGGCCCGGCCCUGACGCCUUCCCACCCGUCACUGGCACAAGGCAGGGCUGGGCUGCCAUCCGGCCCAGGAUCCUGAGCCGCCGCACAGCCGUGCAGAGCUUUGCAGCAACCACAGAGGCACACGGCGUGAAAGAAACACAAACCAGCAGGCACAAUAAUGGAGAAUUUGGAUGUCCCAAUCCCAGAUCUUACUGAGGAGCAGCAAGACGUUUUUCAGAAAGUAUUUGCUGCUGAUGCCAAGUACUUGGAGAAUCAUGAGAAAAUGAACCAGUCCUUCUGGGAAUCACUUGUAAAACGCCUGGCCGCUACUGACCCACCUAUCCUGAAUACUGAAGAAAAGAACAAUCUCCUUAACAGCUGUGAUGUCCUCCCUGGAGGCUGUGCUGCCUGCCUGAAGGCCAUAGAGAAGAAAGGAGUCAGGGCAAUGGCUCUUCUUUACCUUUUACUGAAGACUUCCAACCCAUCUGGGUACAGGCAGCUGCCCAGCUCCAAGGGAAAGGAUGAAAAAUUGAAACUCCUGAAGAGAUUGGAAAGGAAUUUUGUAUAUUCAGAAGAGGACAAAAAGUCUGAAAACUCAUCCCAUGAGUCCUUGGAUGAAGAUACACAAGACAGUGAUGAGGAAGAUUUAGGAAGACAGAAGACUGAAGGCCAGUUACUUGGAGGAAUACCAGCAGAGGUUGUUCCCUACAGAGAUUCAGAGAUUGCCAGAAGAGAAGAUUCAGAUAUAGAUGCAUAUGAGAAGGAGAGCACUCGCCCCCCUCAGUGGACAGUGCGGUGGAUGGGCAUACGGAAGGAUGAUGAAUUCUUUCAUUUUGUCAUUCUUUGCUUUGCAAUUGGAGCUUUACUAGUUUGCUACUACUACCACAAAGAUUGGACAAUUUCUCUUGGGAUUGGUUUAAUCACCUUUGCUUCCCUGGAAACCACUGGGAUAUACUUUGGUCUAGUGUACCGAAUUCGGAGCGUCCUUGAUAGCUUUGUUCCUCUGAUUGACAGAUUCAGGCCAGGAGGCAUGAGGAAAGCUGCCUAAGAGGAGUAUUUCAAGAGAAUUCCCCAAACCUGGCUGUCCAAAUUUCCAGUACUAAAGGAACUGCUUUAUGAGGUGAAUCUAACAACCAAAUUGCCAAUGUGAAACCUCUAAAAAACAUCACUUCUUUCCCUCCAAAAUAAACCUGAAACUGUGGUACAGGGCCCCACUCUGGA